ACAAACCAAACCAAACAAAACAAAUGCCCUUCUUUCUCUUCCUUUCCCUUCCCUUCUCUUUUGACGAUCUCUACGAUGUUUCCCUCAUUUUCCUUCGCUUUAAAUAAAUAUUAAUAUCAUCCCUCACUUUUCUCUAGUUGUUUGCCAAACAACCCUCCCCUUCCUUCCUUCCCUCCUUCUCUUUAGAUCAUCCUCCCUCUCCUCUUCUCUUCUCUCCUCUCUACAGAGAUCUCACUGAUAAAAUCGAGUUUGCGUCGGGGAUAAAUUUGGGAAUUUGAAGAUCUACUAGGUGUGAGGGUUUUGCUAUGGCUUCUUCUAUAUCGAAUUCGGCAGUUGCAUUUACCGGAGCGACAGCUUCGGAUCUUCUGCGGAGCUCGAAGAGCUGUGGUGUUAGUGGCAUUCCGUUGAGAACCCUAGGAAAGGCGCGAUUCAAUGUGAAAACGAGGGAUUUAUCGGUGGUUGCGAAGGCUAGGAAAGUUAAGAAGCAUGAAUAUCCAUGGCCUGCGGAUCCGGAUCCGAAUGUGAAAGGCGGGGUUUUAACUCAUUUAUCGCAUUUUAAGCCUCAUAAAGAGAAGCCUAAACCGGUCACUUUGGAUUUCGAGAAACCACUUGUUGCACUCGAAAAGAAGAUCAUCGAUGUGCGGAAGAUGGCGAAUGAAACUGGUUUGGACUUCAGCGAUCAGAUUGCAUCGUUAGAGAGUAAAUAUCAACAGGCUCUAAAGGAUCUGUAUACGCAUCUGACUCCUAUACAACGUGUGAAUAUUGCACGCCAUCCGAACAGGCCAACAUUCCUUGAUCACAUAUUUGGCAUUACUGAAAAGUUUGUAGAGCUUCAUGGGGAUCGUGCAGGAUAUGAUGAUCCUGCUAUUGUUACUGGUAUAGGCACAAUAGAUGGUAGAAGAUACAUGUUCAUGGGUCACCAAAAGGGAAGAAAUACAAAAGAGAACAUUAUGCGUAACUUUGGGAUGCCUACACCUCAUGGCUAUCGGAAGGCUUUACGCAUGAUGUAUUAUGCAGAUCACCAUGGCUUCCCUAUUGUUACUUUUAUCGAUACACCCGGAGCAUUUGCAGAUCUUAAAUCCGAGGAGCUAGGCCAAGGCGAAGCCAUUGCUCAUAAUUUGAGGACCAUGUUUGGCCUAAAGGUUCCCAUUGUUUCUAUUGUUAUUGGGGAAGGUGGCUCUGGUGGUGCUCUGGCCAUUGGCUGUGCUAAUAAAUUGUUAAUGCUUGAAAACGCAGUUUUCUAUGUGGCCAGUCCUGAAGCAUGUGCAGCAAUUUUAUGGAAGACUGCCAAAGCUGCUCCAAAGGCAGCUGAGAAGCUUAAAAUCACUGGUCCCGAGUUGUGUAAGCUGCAAAUUGCAGAUGGAAUCAUACCUGAGCCACUAGGUGGAGCACAUGCAGAUCCAUCAUGGACCUCACAACAGAUAAAGAAAGCAAUUAACGAAACUAUGGAUGAGCUCAAGAAAAUGGACACGGAAGCUUUACUAAAACAUCGCAUGCUUAAGUUUCGAAAAAUCGGUGGGUUUCAAGAAGGAGUCCCAGUUGAUCCUAUAAGAAAAGUCAACAUGAAGAAGAAAGAAGAACCCAUCGCGAGAAAGACUCCAGUUCUGGAAUUGGAGGAUGAGGUUGAAAAACUGAAAGAGCAAAUUUCAAAGGCCAAGGAGUCAUCUAGCAAGCCUACAGAGUUGGCUUUAAAUGAGAUGAUAGAGAAACUAAAAAAGGAGAUUGAUCUUGAAUAUUCUGAAGCUGUUGAAGCGAUUGGCUUAAAGGACAGGUUAUUGAAUUUGCGGGAAGAAUGUGCAAAAGCAAAUUCACAGGACCAUCUCAUGCAUCCAGUUCUGAUGGACAAGAUCGAAAAGCUUCAUGAUGAAUUUAACAAGGGCCUGCCAACUGCUCCUAAUUAUGCGAGCCUGAAGUACAAGCUUGGCAUGUUGAAGGAGUUUUCUAAAGCCAAAUGUGCCUUGGAGAAGAAGAGCAAGGGUGAGGAGCUGAAACUGGAUAUCGAUAAGAAAAUCAAAGAGGUCAUGGAUCGGCCUGAAAUUAAGGAGAAGAUGCAAGCACUAAAGGCAGAAGUUCAAAAGUCAGGGGCCUCGACUGCUGCAGAUUUAGAUGAAGGCACAAGGGAGAGCAUAUCAAAGAUGAAGAAAGAGAUACAGUUGGAAUUGGCGAAUGUCCUCAAGUCCAUGGAUUUGGAUGUUGAGAUUGUAACGGCAAAGAAACUCAUUGAUGAUGGCUUGAAGGGAAAGGUAGAAAGUUUGAGGGAGGAAACUAACAAGAAAAUUGAAAAUCUGAUGAACUCAUCAGAUCUUAAAAACACCAUCCAGUUACUGAAGUUCGAGGUAGCCAAGGCAGGGAAAACACCAGACGUCGCAUCAAAAAAAAAAAUUGAGGCUUUAGAACAACAAAUAAAGCAGAAGCUUGCCACUGCUAUGAACUCCUCAGAAAUAAAAUCGAAGCAUGAAGAGCUGCUGGCAGAGAUCGCCGUAGAAUCCAAUGGAAGUUUGAAAAAUGAUGAUCUAAAGGAAGGGACUCCAAAAAAUGAUGAAUCCAGGGUAGAAAUUAAUUUGGGUGCAAAUCGCAGCUUUACUUAGAGUAUGCAACUGGUGAUGAUGGCAUUGAAAGAAGUUUCUCAUUAAAGCAGUCAGAACAGCACCAUGCUCUUCUAAUCCGGGCCUUUCGACCUCAGGGAGGCUGCAUUAUUGUCUUCUCUGGCUACAGCGCACAAGGUUUUGUUCCAUGCGAAAACGAGAGUCCACAACAUUAUCUUUAUUAGCUGAAGCAUUUUCCAUUCCAAUUAGGUUUUUAUUAAUCUACCCUGUACUGCCUUUUCAAUUUUAUUUUAUAAUGUCUCUAUUUGCAUUGAUAGACGAAGACAGUUUUUGUAUAAAUUAUGUGAGCGCCAGAGGAAAAGCUCGCAGGUAUCAGUAAUAACACCCGUCCGUUGACUGAAA